CAAUAUUGGGCUCCUCUGUGCUUUGGCAACCCGAAAUAUUGGAAUCUCUGACUUUUUCUGAAGGGAAUAAAAGAUAAAGGUAUGUAAUCAAUACAAAGACAUCAUGUGUGAAGUGCCAUAUGCACACCUGUGCGAUAUUCUGUAUUUUACAACGGUAAAAAGCGAUUAUUUUCUGCAUUUGGUGGUUAACCACUUGAACAUGGAUUUUAGCUUAAAACAGCUUUAAAAUAAGAGUGGAAAACCCCACUUUUUAUAAAAUAUUCAAACAAGAUACCAUGUUUUCACAUCACCGAAUCUAGCUGUAGAAAAUAUUCCAUCUUGCACAUUGCUUUAGUCUUUCUGAUUAAGCGUCCCAUGUGUGAUACCUUUAGAAACACUGUGAUCUUGAUAGAAUUUAACAUUAAUAUGUGUGGGUUUGAAAAAUGUUCAUCAGCACAAAAAGAUUUUUAAGAUGGACCCACCUCUCAGUGUGGUAGUGAUAAAGGUUGAUGACUUGCUAAUGACUGAAGUUUCUAUAGUUAGAUCUGUCCUGCUCCAACAUAACAUUUGUAGCAUCCUGCUGAAUUUAUUUGGAUAUUGUUUUAUUCAUAUCUAGUGCUGUGCUCUGAAACAGGAAGUACCCACUAUAAUUGGCACAGCAGGGGCCAGAUGUGAUGAGGGGCCCUGACCUGCACUGUUUUCUUUCUUUCUCUCCGUGUGUCAGUCAGUGUUUUUCUUCAGGAUGUACAGCUUCAUGGGAGGUGGCUUGUUCUGUGCCGGAGUUGGGAACAUACUCCUCAUUGUCUCCACGGCAACUGACUACUGGAUGCAGUACCGUCACUCCAGCAAUUAUAUGCACCAGGGCCUGUGGCGGUACUGUGUGCCCGGGAAAUGCAUGACACACACAGACAGUAUUGCGUAUUGGGAUGCUACUCGGGCCUUCAUGAUUCUUUCCCUGCUGGCCUGUUUUAUUGGCAUUGUGAUAGGCGUCAUGGCCUUCAUCCACUACUCCUCCUUUGAUGGGUUUGACAAGACAUUUGCAGCUGGCAUCCUCUUCUUCAUCUCCUGCUUCUUUGUGUUGCUGGCCAUGGCUGUCUACACGGGGGUGACGGUGAACUACUAUGGCAAACGCUAUGGCAGCUGGCGAUUCUCCUGGUCCUAUAUAAUGGGCUGGGUGGCAGUGGUGCUCACAUUCUUCUCAGGUAUCUUCUACAUGUGUGCCUAUCGGAUGCACGAAUGCCCAAGAAACUCUAACUCACGCUGACCUGCCAAAGACUUCAUCACAAACACAUGCACACACACUCCAGCACUGGUCCAUAAUAUACAGCCAAGAGGAACCAAUAUCCCAAUGAAUUUUCUUAGCACUUCCUGUAAACUAUAUAGUGACAAUGAAGCAAAAUAAAUAAGAAAAAUUAUUUGUUUAUUGUCUUCUUUGUCUCGCUGCAUUAAUAACAUUUGUAGAGGUGCACAACACUCUGUGGUACCAGUAUUGGUCCUCAUGUGGUGCACACAUAACGUGAUCAUUGAAUUUCAUGCUCUGCUACCAACAACAGCAUCAAUGUCCAGUUUAAACUCUAAGUGAGCCUGAAGUCACCAUCAGACAGUCCACUUGAUGAAAUACUUAUCAUCUGCUUCUUUCACUAGAAAAAACAAGGUAUGUGCUCAGGGAGUAGUGUAACACAUGUUACAGACAAGAGUGUGAGUUUGGUUUCAGAAGCUGAGGACAUGAUGAAGUGGACAACAAUUAUUAAAUGAAAUGCAUUUAAAGCUCUGUAUUGCAACCUUAUUAAAAUCAUUUUAGUCCCAUUUACAGCUACCUAAUACUGUAUUUUCUGACACAAUGUUGUAUUUGCAUUUUUACUACAAAGACACAAUACUAAUUGUACAUGAAAAUAUGGACUAAAUUAUUUUUUAACCCAAAAAGCAGUUUGCAGCACCUUCAAUCAACUCUGAGUAGCAUCUGCAGGUAUUCAUUUCAGGCCACACAGCCCCUACUAUACCACUUACUUCACCACUUACUCUAGCUUGUUUGCUUAUA